CCCGGGGGCACCGUAGUCGUGCACGUGUUGGGCGAGAAUCGGAGUAAACGUGCGGUACACCACAUGGGGAUACGAUUAGUGGAAAGAAUUCUUUGGAAAACUCCUGGUGACCAAACAUGGAUGGCUAGUCGCAAAAAGACAAUGGAACGUACCUUGGUGGAACGCAGUAUACCAAUGACACGGUCACCAGGCCCUUGGCAACCCCUUUCCCAGCCGUCACGCGAUCCGAAUCACGAAACUUCUCCUCUGACAAUGUCCGUGCCGUUGAAAAUACCCCAUGAGAGUCGCGUAAGCUAUGUGGGGCGUCUCGUAGAGGCUCACGUUUUGCCGAAUGAAUGGCACCCUAUUGCGGCCGAAGCAAUCGUUCUUCCGGAAUCUUCCGUCGUGUCUUUGGAACCAGGCGGCGGCACGUGUGUAACGGCUACUUCAACUUCCGCCCCCGCCGUUCCUUGGAAGGCCGAUAUCUAAAGAGGGGCGGGCUGCCUGCUUUUUUCAUCUGCCAGCAAGCCCCGCGCUCGAGAGUUGCGCAUUUAUCCUAUACUUACAAAGCAAUGGCAAAUAUUUUUUAAUAAGCAACUCGGUAAUUUUCG